AUGGAGCGAGACACGCAUUUUGAAAAACAGAACAUCCUACGGAGUAUUGACGAUGCUACACCGGUAAUGUUAAUCGUGUUCUUGCUCUUCGCUCUCCCUUCUAGAUUUGAAGUGCCAUGGAGUAAAGAUUACAAAAACAAUCCACCGAAAAAAGGACCUCAACCCUGCUUGACUUGGGCGCCAGUACACGAGAAAAUUCCGUGGAAUGUUGUGCUUCUUCUGGGAGGAGGUUUUGCCAUCGCGGAGGCUGCUAAGCAAUCGGGGCUCUCGGCUUGGCUUGGUGUGCAGUUUGAAGGACUUCAGGUGCUGCCUAAGGAGGCCAUUGUCCUGCUGAUCUCCCUUUUGACAGCCAUGAUAACUGAGGUUGCUUCCAACACAGCCACGGCCUCAGUUCUUCUUCCAGUUCUCAAGGAAAUGGCCCUAAAGAUUCGUGUGAACCCUCUGUACCUGAUGUUACCUGCCACCAUUUGCUGUUCGUACGCCUUCAUGCUUCCGGUAGCAACUGCGCCUAAUGCUAUUGUCUUCAACGCAGUCAACAUGAAAAGUACCGAUAUGAUGAAAGCCGGAUUUGUUAUGAACAUACUGUGUAUCCUGGUUAUCAACAUUAUGAUCAACACGUUAGGAUCCUAUAUGUUUGAUCUUCAUAACAUGCCACCGUGGACUGCAACUUAACAGUUGAGGCCCAUUUAAAUUAUUCAUCUAUCAUUAUAUUAUUAAUUUCAUAUUAUAUUAUUCAUUUUGCCAAUCCUAAAUCGACGAAAACUCUGUGAUAUUCCUGCUAACCUUAAGACAAGAAAGAGAGAAGGACGCAUUUGCCUCCGGUAAGUACAAAUUAUUAGUGAGCGAUUUUUCAGUUCCUUAGGUUAUUUCGUGGAGGUCCUGACGUCUUCUGGGUUCUCUCAGCGCUGAAACGUCUUCAGAAAUAAUAUGUUUGCCAUAUUCAGAAACAAACCCUCUUUACCACCUCGCCUUAUCUUUUUUUGCCAUUCAUUUUCUUUCAACAGCAGAGGGAAAAGCUGAUCACACUUGGUUUGUUUGUUUGCCUUGAAGCUACUAAAUGAAAUCAGCAAUCAAAGGCGCUAGUUCGGGAAUGGCUGAAUUUUAAUAAUACACGUUAGACCAUUUGCAAUAAUUUGAUCUAUCAAGAAAGGACUUGCGUGAUUUUAACUCAGAAUAGAUUGUGCACUUACGCCCAUUUCUAGUGACAUCUGCCUUGGGGAAAUCUCUUCAGAAAUUCUGCGAACUCCGCCCAUACGGAACUCCCAAGAAACCUCGCUUACGAAAAAAAUGACAAGCGAUUUAACUACCAGGGACCUGUUACUAAAGACGCCUAAUUGUUCAUCUUCACUAGUUAUAACCGCAAUAAAUUGGGUGCCAAAAUUUCCUGUAUUUGAGAUUCAUUUGUUGUAUAAAUACAUGCUAAACUUUUCAACUAGCACUAUGAAAAUAACGGGUUAAUAUUGUCAGCACCGACACUUCAAACGCAACUUCACGUUCGAUUGCCUAUAUUCGUAACGUUUUCAUUAUCGUCGAUCAACUGAGACAAUUGCUUUUCAAAACUCGCCAUCGUUCACCCUUUAAAAAUAUCGUAUUCUUUGACUGAAUAAGACUGAUCAGUCUUUAGAGGUGACUGAACCUUUCGGUAUUUAGUGCCGUUGCAACGGCCAUGAGUAUGCAAUCUCAUGCAUCCAUUUCACUUUGUGACGUCGUGUACAGGAAUUUCUUGCACAGUUAUCGAGAAACUGACAUUCUCUAGAAGGUUAUCAUUUUUUCACAUGUACCCAACCAUUUUCUUUCUGGCAUAAUCUUAAGGUUUCUGGUGCUAAACAUCAAAGAUAUUCCAUAGAUCAUUAUAAAAGAUUGUUGCACAUCUUUUUUACAGUAUAUACAUUUGGCAUAAGCACAGAUGUUUUAACUACACAUCAUAUAUCCUGAAAGGCUGUGAAGCUAUUACAGGAACAUGUUGAGGAGUUUAGGCAGAGGUAUUGUACAUUCAUGACGUUAUUAAACAACCGUUUGACAUGUUACUACGUAAAUAAAGGUUAUUUUUUAA